AUGUGGAACCACUUCAGAAAGCUCUCCAACAAGAGGAGCCCUACUGCCUUCGACGGCAGGGGUUUGGAUGCCGUGGGGUCACCCACCAGUGAUCUCAUAGUCAUAUGGAGCAGCACCCAGCCCUCAGAGUCAGCAGUGUGCAGUUUUUUGGACCAUACAACCGAUCUCAGUGAAUGGCUAGCAAGACUGAAAAACCUUGCAAACCCUCCACCUUGUAAGGGAAGGCUGGUCACCAUUCUUAGCAUCGAUGGCGGCGGUGUAAGAGGCAUAGUCCCGGGAAUCAUCCUCGCGUUCCUUGAAUCAAAACUCCUAGAGCUUGAUGGAGAGGAUGCAAGGAUAGCAGACUACUUUGAUGCCGUUGCUGGAACAAGCACAGGAGGACUGGUCACCGCAAUGCUUACAGCUCCCGAUAAGAAUAAUCGCCCACUCUUUGCCGCAAAAGAUAUCAACGAGUUCUAUUUAGAGAACUGCCCUAAGAUUUUUCCUCAAAAGACUGGGAUUUUCUCCUCAAUGUUUAAUUUGUUUACUGCAGUAAGAGGACCUAAAUACAAUGGGAAGUAUCCGCACAAAAAAAUACAAGAAUUACUGGGUGAAACAAGGGUUCAUCAAGCUCUAACUAACAUAGUUAUUCCAACUUUUGAUAUUAAGCUUCUUCAGCCUACUAUCUUUUCCACCUUUGAGGCAAGACAUGCACCUUUGAAAGAUCUUCUUCUGUCUGACGUAUGCAUUAGCACAUCUGCAGCUCCAACCUAUCUUCCUGCCCACUACUUUGAAACAAAAGAUGCCCAUGGAAGCAAACGAAGCUUUAAUCUUGUCGACGGAGGGGUUGCAGCAAAUAAUCCUACAUUAGCAGCGAUGAGCCUAAUUACAAAGGAGAUCCAUAUGAAAAAUAAAGAU